UUAAAGGUAGCACAUGCCAAAGUCGCACACAGCAAGUUUGAAGACUUUGAAUUUCUUCGUCACACUCACACACAGUCACACAAAGGCCAAAUUUAGGCGCAAGGUAGUUUUUGGUAGUAAUGGCACAAAAUAAGCUAGGUUGAAAUUUGAUCCCUGUAGAACCGUUUCUCAUCAUCGUCAUUGGUUGGGCAUUCUUUAGGUUUUGGCUUUUCCUUUCUAUUUUUCAUUCACUUUCAGCUCAUUACUUUGACUCGGAGUCGGAUCCUCAACACAAGCCCAAGCUCUGCUGGCCAAGGUCUCUAGGACAUGAUCAAAAUAUCCUAUGAUGAGGUAGAUGAAGCUCAGUUAGACACCUUCAAGUAAAUCAACAUCAAGCAUUGCAGAAAUGUCAUUUCCAUCCCGACUUUUUCCUGUUGGGUCUCGAAUCGUCAAGAAUGGAUGCCUUGGAAUGGUGGCAGCCAAAGGAUCUUGCCAAAUGUGCACUGAAAUCGGGAAGCACGUCCCACCUCCGUCAGUUGGCGUUGUGAAAAGAAAUUGGACACAUCGCUUUACACAGGAAGGGAUCUUCGAGCCGAGUGAAUCAGCUGAGUUCAUAAUUGCUCAUGCCUUGGGAGAAAAAUCUCUGAUCAAUGUCAACCAUGCCAGGCGCCUCACCAAGGAGCAGAUAGAAACCAUUAGACGGCUUUGUAAAGAGAGGCUAACAGGCAAGCCCAUCCAGUAUGUGAUAGGAGAGUGGGAUUUCCAUGGCAUCAAAGUAGACCUGAAACCUCCAGUCCUGAUACCAAGGCCUGAAACUGAGCAUUUGGUUGAUCUAGCCAUAACAGACAUCCAAGACCAUAGAUCGGAACUGUUCAGAUGCUUGGAAAUCGGUUGCGGUUCUGGAGCAAUCUCGUUGGCAUUAUUGCGAGCAUUUCCUCAGGUACACAUGACUGCGAUUGACCUCUCCCCGACCGCCUGUGAUCUGACGAAACACAAUGCAGCAAAGUGUGGCGUCAUUCAACAGAUGGACGUCCACUGUUUGGACUUAACAGAAGAAACUGUAAAUAAUGCACUCUUUUCUAAAUCGCAGUAUGAGCUCAUUAUUAGCAAUCCGCCAUAUGUAUGCACUCAGGAGAUAGCGGAGUUACGCACGGAAAUCAGGGACUUUGAGGAUCACAAGGCCUUGGAUGGUGGGCCAGAUGGUUUGCGCGUCAUCAAAUUUGUCUUAGCCGCAGCAAAUAACGCAUUGUGUGAGGAUGGUUCACUUUGGCUUGAAGUCGGUGAUGAACAUGCAAAACUUAUUCCUGACUUCGUCAAAGAAAUGGAUUUGCAGUAUAUUGGAACUCAUGAAGACUUCACAAAAACGCCAAGAUUUUGCCAUCUGAGAAAGAGUUCAACAAAGAAGUCUUAAUGAAAGUUGAAAAGGUCUCGGACAAGAACACUGUUCUGUCUGUUGUAUGUGCCAUGUAUGUAUGUAUGUGCCAUGUAUGUGCCAUGAAACACUUUAUCGACCUGGAGAAUCAGUUCCCAAACUGAAAGAGAAUUUUAUUUUGUCUACCAGUACACUUGUGUAUUUAAGGCAGACCUUCCAACUUACCCAGCAGCCUACCCUGGGUAGUGUCUGGUAGAUUCCUGGGAAAGAUGUCCGUCACAAGACAACCGCCAAAAUACGUGCGCAUUGGUUAAUUUUACUGAAAUAAGAUGUGUCCAUCUGGUAACAUGGACAAUAUGACAGAAUAUGCAUUAAAUAUUGUGGUAAAUUAACCACAGGUUCUUCUGUAUAACAUGCACAUAUUCAGUUCAUGCAAUUUGUUAACUAUCAACAGGAUAAACCGGCUGAGCUUUUGCCUCUAUAUGUGGUGUAAAUCAUGCUUGAAAAACCUUAUUACUAGAUGAUUAUGAUAUUAUUCCAUCGCAGAAAGGCCUUUUUUUCUCGACAAACUGGAUUGCCUGCCUGAUUCUCGAAAAGCUGGGAAAUGGUUUUCCAGGUUGUUUAUCAAAUGUGCUAUUAAAAUUACUACCUCUAGUUUAGUGCUAUCAGAAUUGCUCUGUACAACCUUCAAACUUGAAAUCUCCAUUAUUUCGGAAUGAACAAAUCAUGCGCACAUUCAUUUUAAAUCUCCUCUGCCUUGCAUUAAGGAUCACUCAUUAUAGGAUACUGCUUAUUCCGUGUUCCACAAGUGACAUGCAAAUAUCAGUGCCGUAUUCAACUUUUUAGUUAUAGGGGUGGGGGGAGGUGUUAGUACCCCACUUUUUAUCCCAAAAACGUGUUAGAAAACAUGUUUUUCGAUAACGUAAGGAUGGGCAGUGACACCCCCAUCCAUGCAGUGGGCAAUAUCACCCCAUCCUGCUAAAUUUGGCCCUAGACGUGACAACUAUUUAUUUUUAUUUGCCUGUUGUAUGCUUGGCAAAGACCAAGUUAAUGUGAUUUUAUGCUGUAGGCAUGCAUUUGUUUGAGGUGUAAGACAUUUGGUCAUUACGAAAUUAUGAUGAAUAGGUAGAGAGAGGUGCAUAUUAAAUUCAUUUUAGCUCUAAUUGUUAGUCAAACCAGAAUACAUUUCAUGGUGUUUUACAUAUAUCCAUGAAUUGUUAGUCAAACCAGAAUACAUUUCAUUGUGUUUUACGUGUAUCCAUGACUUUGUGCUAAAGAGGGUCCAACCGUCUUGUUUUGAAGUGAAAGAUUAUGAAAAGUUGUUAAACUGUUUUCUUGCAUAUUUGACCCCUCAGCCAAUGCGACGGCGAGGGAUGUUGUUUCAUUUAGUAUCAGUCUAUUGUCUGUCAGAUCUUCUGUCUGUCAGUCCAUCAAAAUGAUGUAAAUGCUCUAAAUUGAGACUGCUUGAAGGUUUUCUUUUAAUACAUGGUAACUGCACAGGAUGUCAGUUGAGGCUGUGUGAUAUGAAAUCGGCUCGAUCCAAAUUAAGGUUUGACCACUAGGGGGCUUUUGCUGAAAACAGGAAACUUGCAAUUGAUGAUAGCUUGAAAUAUGGUGAAUGUGUCAACUAACAAUACGUGACAUAUCAAACGGUCAAACAGGCUUUUGGUUUGACCUGAUUUUUAAGGUCACGUAGGUCAAUGGUCGAAAGUUCAUGAUUGGUCCAUUGACCAAUGAUAUAAACGCUUUAUCUUGAGACUACAACAUGCAUAUAUCAACAAAACCAACUGUGCUACUUAUCACCAACCUCAACUUAGUCUUGGGCUGAGGGGUAUCACUCAGGUGCGACUAAGCAUGGUAUUUUGGGAACUUGUGUAGUGCCUUAAAAACAUACAGGAAUAUUAUGCUUUUUAAAAAAAUAGGUUUUACAGUCUGCCCACAUUUUGGGACCCAGUAGGUUUUUGGUACUGUGAUUUCUGUGCACUAUACAGCACAAGUCAUGAAGCCUGAAAAUUCAUGGAUCUCCUGAUGUGUUUGUUUGCCUUUUGCAUGUAAAUAGCAGAGUAGAACAUACGUAGAAAUGUCCAGCCUAUUUUGAAAGUUUCCCCUCAAAUAUAUGUGGAUGAGCUCAAAAGAAUAAAUAUACAGAUCUGAUUAGCUGGGUUAGAGUUUUGCUACCUGCAUGUAAUUGAUCACCCCAAUCUCAUGACUCACGAAAUUGUUGUUUUACUGCCUUUUUCCUUAUAAAUAGCAAAGCAGAGUAAACCAUGUGUAGAAAUGUUCAACCCAUUUUUAAAGUUGCCUCUCAGACAUGCGUAGAUAAGCUCACGUGUCGCCUAAAAGAGUAAAGAUCUGAUACGGCAGGUAAUUUUCUCUGAUCUCCGCUACAGGGUUCGAGUUUCACUGCAUUAAUCGAUCACCCCAAUCUUGUGACUCCUAAAACGUGUCUUUUCUGGCUAAUUUUUGCAUUUAUUCUUCAUUCUGAGGUGGUACUUAGAGAGAAUUGUGUGUGGUUGUUGAUAAAAAAUUUUUUGCCUGCCUCCAUUCAUUGGCCAUCUACCAUCUUAGUUGCUUUAGGCAGGCAAACAAAGGAACGAUAUCUUAAGGAUGGCCUUUUACUUAUCAACUGUAUAAGGCUAUAAUGAAACUUGGUGGCGGGCCAUGAGUGUACUUAUUUAGUCCACAGCUUAUUUUUGCACACUUUUUUUAUGGCAAUAAGGUUAGAACCUCAAGUGUGGUUUCAUUGUGAGUUUUCAAAAUAUAGAAGUGGUUUAUCAAAAGACACUAUGUAGACUCAUCAGGUUGGUAAAUCUCAACAUUUUUUUCGAAAGGCAUAGAUAGAGCAGUAGCUAGCGGGGGGGGGGGGGGGGGGAAUGCCCACCCAGAAGUCACCCAGAAGGCAAAAUAGUCUGUUUUUGCGACAACUCGCUGUUAAGGGAUCCUUGCCUGACCGGUCACAUUCAAAACGUUCAUGUUAAGUAUAUUUUGCCUUUUAUUUUAGAACCCUCAAACUUUUAAGCUGUUCAGGUCGCAAUCUCAUUCCUUUUUGAAGAACUCAAUAAAGACCACAACAGUGGUGAUAUAAGUUGGUAGGUGUACAGGACACAAAGAGUACCCAAAAAGUAUUUGAAAAUAUAGAGGUAUUAAUAUGAGUUUUGAAAUUUUUAACUGUAUUUUGGUAAUGAUCUAUUGAAUGGGUAGUACAUUUAGAGGAUGUAACUCAUGGGAAACUUAUACGUUUAUUGCAACUUUUGAAAUAAAUUGUUAGAGAGUAUUUUCCCUUUUUAAGAAUCUAUCAUGUGGCUUCACCCUGAAUUUAUUUUGCAUGUAUGUAAACACGUAUUAUUUAAGAUUGUUUUGUUAGUACUUAAAGCUUUAAAUAAAGAGAAAUGCUUUUUAAAAUAUAA